CUUACCCAGGCACCGUCUUCUUCUUUCAUUACUUCAUUGACAAAUUGCAGGUUUCUAACUCAUUUGUCAAUUUCUGAUAAUCCUCUAUACGGUGUCAUUCAAGCUUCCGUCGGGAACUUAUCUUCCUCGCUUUCAACAUUCCGAGCCGGGAACUGCAAAUUCAGUGGCAGCAUUCCCGUUGAAAUAGGCAAUCUAAGCAAUUUGAUGGUAUUGAGACUAUCUCAAAAUGAGUUAUCCGGUAGUAUUCCACUUACUGUCAAACAUUUGCAUGGGCUUCAAGGAUUAUAUCUAUCUAAUAACGUGUUGGGAGGCUCCAUUCCACAUGUUGUAUGUGAUUUAUUUAGCCUAACUACAUUUGUUAUUAGCGGGAAUCAAUUUUCAGGUUCAAUUCUAAAUGCUUGGGAAAUGUCUCUUCUUUGAGAGAUCUCUUUCUAGACUCCAACAUGUUGAAUUCAAGCAUAUCUUCAAGCUUAUGGGGCCUUAAAGAUUUGAAUACUCUAGACUUGUCCUCAAAUUCAUUGAAUGGGUUUUUACCUCAAGAGAUGAGUAACUUAGGAGCAGCAAUAUAUAUAAACCUAUCAAUGAAUCAAUUGUCAGGGUCAAUUCCGAGCACAAUCGGAAAGUUGCAAAAUUUGAUUUAUCUGUCUUUGGCAAGUAAUAGAUUAGAAGGUUAUAUUCCUGUGUCUGUAGGAAGCAUGACCAAUUUGGGAACUCUUGACUUGUCCUACAACAAACUCUCAAGUUCAAUACCGAAGUCUUUAGAAGCACUGCAGCACCUCAGGUACUUUAAUGUCUCUUUCAACAAUUUAAGUGGAGAAAUUCCUAAUGGCGGUUCUUUUAGAAACUUUAGUAUGGAAUCUUUUAAGGGUAAUGGGGCAUUGUGUGGAAUCCCAAAGUUCCAUGUCCAAAUUUGCCCGACAGUUUCUAAACACAUAGCAAAGAGGAAGAAGGUGGAACGAGCUUCAUUUAUUGUUUUUGGGGUUGUUGCUUUCAUCUCAGUUGUUUCUUUGGCCUUUAUAAUUGUCAAAAACAAAAGGAAAGAUAAGAUGACUAGAGAAGUUGAUGAGUUGAUAUUCAUUGUGACGGAAAGAAUAUCUUAUUAUGAACUGCUACAAGCAACUGCUCAAUUCAGUGAAAGCAAUUUACUUGGCACUGGGAGUUCUUGCUCUGUUUAUAAAGGAAUUCUUAACAAUGGGAAGGAAAUCGCUAUCAAGGUGUUUAAUACGCAAUUUGAAGGAAUUUUGAGAAGAUUUGAUGUUGAAUGCGAGAUACUACGAAGCAUUCGACACAGGAAUCUGACCAGUGUCAUAAGUAGUUGCUCUAAUGAAGAGUUCAAGGCAUUAGUACUUGAAUAUAUGCCAAAGGGAAACCUUGACAAAUGGUUAUAUUCCUAUAACUAUUACUUGAAUGUGAUUCAAAGAUUGAAUAUAAUGAUUGAUGUUGCAUCUGCUUUGGAGUAUCUUCACCAUGGUUAUUCAACGCCCAUUGUCCACAGCGACUUGAAGCCUAGCAAUGUGAUGUUAGAUGAAGACAUGGUAGCCCAUGUAAGCGAUUUUGGGAUAGCAAAGUUGUUACGCGGUGGAGAUAGCUUUGUGUUAACCACCACGGUAGCAACAUUGGGUUACAUCGCUCCAGAGUAUGGUUUGGAAGGUCUAGUUUCAACAAAGUGUGAUGUGUAUAGCUUCGGAGUAAUGGUAAUUGAAACUUUUACGAGAAAAAGGCCUUGUGAUGAUAUGUUUUGCGGAGAUAUGAGCUUAAAGAGAUGGGUAGAACUCUGUCUUCCAGAGAUCCCAAAUGAAGUGAUAGAUGCCAACUUAGUCAUGAAUUUGGAGGAAGAGCAGAUUGACAAGAAUCUGCAGUGUGUAUCAUCCAUAUUUCAAUUGGCUUUGAAAUGCUCCGCGGACUCUCCCGGGGAUAGAAUCAACAUGAAACAAGCACAUGCAGAGUUGCAGAGAAUCAAACGUCGAUUUUUCCAAUGAGAUUCAAGUAAGUUAUUUCAAAGUUGUAUGUUAUUUCUAAGAUAAUAUUGUUCUAUUACUAUUUUAGAAAGAAUAUUUUUCGGUACUGUAAAGUGGAAAGUUGUAUGCAUAGGAGU